AAGAAGAAGAGGGCUUCGACGUGAAGAACACUUGGUCAUGGCUGACAUUCGGAUCAGUUUCACGGCCGGUUUCUCGGGGCUAAGCUGUGGGCGCGGAGCCAACAUUGGAAUGGAAGCAGCAACCGCCCAGCGGCCUUGUGGCGCAGGUUGGGGCGCCGUGGGAUUUGCCUGGCGCAAGGAGCUUCCCAACGCAGGCGCCUUGGAGGCUGGAGCGGUCUGCUUGCGUGAGGCAAACCCACAUGAGGGGGAGCUCCCUACCAUCUACGGGGACGUCGGCCAUAGGGAGCGUGGCAGAUCAGCGAGAAGCACCACCGGCCGAACAGACGAGUGCAACCAAGAAGGCCACAUGAGCCGAGACUGUCCCACUGCUCACUGUGGAGGACGACGAGGAUGCCUCAGGUGUGGCGAGGAAGGCCACAUGAGUAGAGAUUGAUUGCAGACACGUAGGCGCGACACGCCCAGGUGUGGGCCGCUACACUUCGUGUGUGGCGAAAUUAGGAGUUUUGUGUGUAUUUUGUGGCUUAUUAGAUCAUUUCAUAUAAAGAAAUAUUAAAAUUUCUACUUCUUUGGUGAUUAAGAUAAUAAAUAUAUUCUUCCACCUUCUA